CUAAUACCGAUACGGCCAAUUAAGCGACUCCCACACUUGAUCGAUCAUUUGCGCCUGUGAACUUUUCGAAAUCGUACAAGGUCGUCACGAUAGAGCAGUACUCCGGUCCAUUGAAACCUCCUCAUCCCCGCGAAUCUCACGAUCUCGACCUUCAUACAAAAUGGCCACCAAUAACGUCUCCGCAGACCUCGUCUGGGAACUUGUCCGCAGCAACAACUCCUACCUCGUCAAGCGCAAGGAGUCUGGCGGCAUUCAGUUCUCCCGCGACCCUCUUAACUUGACCAACGUCCACAGCCGCAAGCAUGCCGGAUUCGUGAACACCAAGGCCAUCGGUGUCCAGCCCGCGGAGAAGAACGGCGUUAAGGUCAUCAGCAAGAAGGAGUCGGCUGUCCAGAAGCCUGCUAAGUCUACCACCGAGGUCACCCACAGCGGCGGCAAGGCUACGCGAAAGAUCUACAAGACCGUUGCCAACCAGACUGCCAAGUCCGGCUACCGACCCGACCUCCGUGAGGCCGCCGUCUCCCGCGUCUCUGCCAUCCGCCAGUCCCAGCGGGAACCCAAGCCCACCCCCGAGAAGAAGCCCCGAGGCGCCAAGGCCAAGAAGGCUGCCGCCGCGGAGUCGUAAGCUCCUUAUAGACAAGGAGAGGGGAUGGAUGGGAUAACUAGGUAACGACUGCAGAGAUAAGGCCGGCCGGUAAAUAAGGCAUAUGCAUUUUUGGUAGUCAAUCCAAGUUCCCAAGGAGUCUGAGGAAAUCCUUCAACGAAAAAUACCUCCCUUUUUGUGUGAUUUGGAACUUAUCUCGCAUGCUUUCCAUCACAUAUUCCCUAGAGAAAACGAAUAAGACAAGAUGGCUCCAGUCUAAUCCGGUAUGACUACCCGGGCAAUCCUACCUUAGUAGCCUUGUUGGCACUCGGCGGGAGCGGUGUGCGCGGCAGCAAACCUGAGCUCAUACGUGUGUAGUACAUGCAGAUAUGGGUUGAGUUAUUUAACGCCUACAUCGUUGCAUACUAAUAUGCGUACGUGUAUGUAGCUAAGGUAAGGUACUUUAUCUUGGCAACCAACUUAGGGGUAAGCCGGGAGACUUCACACUAUUGAUGGCGAGUAAAUUGUCCGUCGGCUAGUCUUUUUCUCGUGAAGCCGUAAAAGAAACAAAAAGCUAUUAAAACUUGAAUGAAGUUGAUUUUUAACCCGUCCGGCCUUGCCCGAUACCGAGA